AUGUCGUCCUCUCCUGUGAGACCUUCAAACGGCGACUCAGUGCACACCCCUGAGCACAAUUCAGGAUCUCAUUCAAAUUCCAAUUCUCAGUCACAAUCGCAAACACAGAUCCCAGAGGCAUCUUCACCGCUUCUUUUCGCUGACACCUCGUCAGAUAAGCCCAGACAGGUUUCGUCGCCAUUUUCAUACGAUUUGUCGCUGAGCCGUCAUCAUGGUUCAGAUGCCUCGACCACAAGAGCUCGUUCAGACAACUACACUUCGGACGUGGAGAGAAUUCACAGAAGACCUGCGAGGUCGGACUUGUCUGGAGACGCGUCCGCUUCGCCCAUGAGACGUAGAAUGUUCGACAAUGGACAGCUCUCGAGUGAAAGGGGCAACCAGUUGAGAAGCGACGGAGGUAGCCAGUUUGGUUCGUCCCAAUUAGGGUCUGAGGGAGAGUCUGCAGAGCCAGUGAGGGUGAUCUGGGGUACCAACGUGUCGAUCCAGGAGUGCUCCAAUGCGUUCAGAGAUUUCUUAAUGCUGUUUAAGAUGAAGGGGAGAAAACACAUGGACGGCGAGGACGUUGAGCCUGAAGACUCGGAGCUUUACUACGUCCAACAGCUCAACAAUAUGAGAGACUUGGGUACCACCAACUUGAACUUGGACGCCGCCAACUUGCUUGCCUACAAGCAAACACGGAGACUCUACCACCAGCUUAUCAACUACCCUCAAGAAGUGAUUCCCAUUAUGGAUCAAACUGUGAAAGACUGCCUUGUUUCGUUGUUCCUGGACCUGACCACCAAUGAGCCCGCUUCCAUCGACGACAUCGAGACAAACAUCUACACCAUCCGUCCUUACAACAUCAAUGCUGUGCGCCGUGGUAUGCGUGACUUGAACCCCAACGAUAUCGAUAAGCUAGUCAGCGUCAAGGGAUUGGUGUUGCGGGCCAGUGCCAUUAUUCCCGACAUGAAGGUGGCUUUCUUCAAGUGUAGUGCUUGUGACCACACUAUGGCGGUAGAAAUUGACCGUGGUGUCAUUUCUGAACCAACGAAAUGCCCAAGGCUGGUCUGUGGUCAACUGAACUCCAUGGCUUUGAUCCACAACCGCUCUUCUUUUGCUGAUAAACAAGUAAUCAAGUUGCAGGAAACUCCGGACUUGGUCCCAGACGGUCAAACGCCUCACUCGAUCAAUUUGUGUGUCUACGAUGAGCUCGUGGACUCCUGUCGUGCUGGUGACCGUAUUGAGGUCUGUGGUAUCUUCCGUUCGUUGCCCGUUCGUGUCAAUGCUCGUCAAAGAGCUGUCAAGAACCUUUACAAGACAUAUUUGGAUGUUGUCCACAUCAAGAAGAUCGACAACAAAAGAUUGGGUGUUGAUCCAUCGACGAUGCUGCAGAGAGCAACCGAUACCAAUGAAGUUGAGGAAGUGAGGAGAUUGAGUGCCGAGGACAUCGCUCAUGUUAAAGAAAUCUCUCAAAGAGACGACUUGUAUGAGGUGUUGGCUCGUUCAUUGGCUCCCUCUAUUUAUGAGAUGGACGAUGUCAAGAAAGGUAUUUUGCUUCAACUUUUUGGUGGUGCCAACAAGACAUUUCGUAAAGGUGGAAGAUACAGAGGUGAUAUCAAUAUCUUGCUCUGCGGUGAUCCUUCCACUUCGAAAUCUCAACUCUUGCAAUACGUCCAUAAGAUCGCUCCAAGGGGAAUCUACACGUCCGGCAAGGGUUCUUCCGCAGUCGGUUUGACGGCCUACAUCACCAGAGAUAUUGACACCAAACAACUUGUUUUGGAGUCCGGUGCUCUUGUCCUUUCUGAUGGUGGUGUCUGUUGUAUCGAUGAGUUCGAUAAGAUGAGUGAUGCCACGAGAUCUGUCUUGCACGAAGUGAUGGAGCAACAGACCAUUUCGAUCGCAAAGGCUGGAAUCAUCACCACAUUGAAUGCCAGAACGUCUAUUUUAGCAUCCGCAAAUCCAAUUAACUCUCGUUACGACCCCAACUUGCCUGUCACCAGCAACAUUGAUUUGCCACCUCCGUUGUUGUCCCGUUUUGACCUUGUGUACUUGAUUUUGGACAAGGUAGAUGAAUCUAUUGAUAGACAAUUGGCUCGCCACAUCACAGAUAUGUACUUGGAGGAUGUCCCUGACACAGUGUCUGCAAAGACGGUGCUUCCAGUUGAGACCUUGAGUAUCUACAUUCAAUAUGCGAAGGAGAACGUUAAUCCUCAAAUAACUGCCGAAAGUAAAGCGGAGUUGGUCAGAGCGUAUGUUGACAUGAGGAAGCUUGGAGAUGAUGCCAGAUCCUCUGAGAAGAGAAUCACUGCCACCACAAGACAAUUGGAGUCCAUGGUACGUUUGGCUGAGGCCCAUGCAAAGAUGAGAUUGAGUCCCACAGUUGAUCUCAUUGACGUCAAGGAAGCUGUUCGUUUGAUCAAGUCUGCUAUCAAGGACUAUGCCACUGAUCCCAUCACAGGUAGAAUUGAUAUGGACAUGGUUCAAACCGGUACAACGUCGGCUCAGAGAAGAAUGCAGGAGGACUUGGCUCACGAAUUGCUUGCUAUGCUUGAUGACUGUCCCAAUCAGCAACUUCGAUUCACCGAGCUCGUGGCCAAGCUAAAUGAAAAGCUGAGUGUAAGAAUCGAAAACCAUGACGUGAACGAGUGCAUCAGGAGAUUACAGCAGGAGGGCAAAGUUGUCGAGGCUGGCGACACGCACAGAAGAAGCAUAAGAAAGUUGGCAGUUGUCUAG